CACGAAUCGAACCGCUCAUGGCUUAUUCCACGCCCCUCUCACAGUUUCCCCUCCGCAGUCCGCACGAAGAAGACAAACAGAGCUCCCGCGCGCGGCCGGGCGGGUAGCCGAUUGCUCCCCCUCCCCUCCCCUCCAUCCGGCGGCCGUGCUCCCCACCGCGCUUCCAACAGAAUGCGCGGUCGCCGCCUCCUAAACCCCCUCCCACUCCUCCUCACCCCUAAACCCCCCUCCCGCCCCCUGGCCGCCCACUUCCGCGGCGCCCGCGCCCGCGCCCGCGCCGCGGCCCAUCCGCCCGCACCCUCCCCCGCGCCGCGCCGCGGGCCCCUGGCCGAGCCCGACGUCGGCAUCACCCGCUUCGCCUCCCCCGUCCCGGGCUUCCGCGGCGCGCUCAAGCAGCGCUACUCCGACUUCGUCGUCCACGAGGUCGCCCGCGACGGCGCCCUCGUCCGCCUCACCUCCUUCGACCUCCCCGACGUCGACGAGAGUGGAGGUAAUGCGGAGGGCGGCGACGCCGGGUCGGACCACUCCCGGGCGCUGGAGUCGUUCCGGCUGCUCUGCGGCGAAGCGGAUCACGACGCGUUGAGGAGAUUCCUGGAGAGGGCUUUGGAGGGUGGAGAUGGCGAUUUGUCGUCAAUCAUUCUCUCAGCUGAUGCUGAUAAGGCUCAUCGCUCGGAGGUGCACGAGUUCAUCAAGAGGAAUUUCAAGUUCCUGAUCACGGAUACUGUUGAGCACAGUGAUGGCACUCAGAAAUGUAUUAGGGUGCGGUUGGGGUCAGGGCCACGCGGUGGGAGAGGGAGGACUAAGAGGGGCAUGGGCAGUUCAGGCUGGAGAGAUGACAGGCCGUUUGAUAGUAGAGGCUCUACAUCCUGGCCUUAUCACCUGGGGAAGUUCCUGAGGUUUCACCUUUACAAGGAGAACAGAGACACACAAGAAGCACUAGGAGUUAUAGGAAAGAUGCUAGGGGUUCAGCCAAGAUCGUUUGGAGUUGCAGGGACAAAGGAUAAACGUGCUGUUACAACCCAACAGGUGACGCUUUUCAAGGUACAUGCCGGUAGGUUAGCCGCUCUUAAUAGCAAACUUAUAGGUAUCAGAGUUGGAGACUUUAGUUACGUGAACGAGGGCCUUGUUCUUGGUCAACUCAAAGGGAACCGAUUUGCAAUUACUUUGAGGAAUGUUGUUGCAGAAUCGGAUGAUGUGAUAAAGGCUGCUGUUGAUGGCCUGAGUAAAAAUGGAUUUAUCAAUUACUACGGCUUACAGCGCUUUGGUAGUGGUUCAGUACCUACUCACUUUGUUGGUGCUGCUUUGCUUAGAGGAGAGUGGAAACAUGCUGUCAGCUUGAUUCUUGGUACAGGGGUACAUUAUAAGAGGCAUGGUGAUAUUGAUGUAGCACUUAGUGGCAUCCCUCGACAUCUCACAGUUGAGAGAGCUAUGCUUCAGCGUUUAAAGAAGUACCCUGGCAACUAUCUACAAGCACUAAUGGCUAUACCUAAAACAUUGAGACUGAUGUAUGUACAUAGUUACCAGAGUUACCUAUGGAACCAUGCUGCAAGUAUGAGAGUUGAAAAGUAUGGUAUUUUACAAGUUGUAGAGGGUGACUUGGUCUACAAAAAGGGGUGCUCUCUUGGAGAAGCAGCUACAGUAGAUACUUUUGAUGAUGAUGAUAGGCAAACUACUUCACCUGAAAUGGAAAUAUCUUAUGAAACACUUCCUGAAGAAGUGAUCCAGUCUGUGCAGAUAGCUGAUUCCGAAGAUUUGUUGAAGGCAGUUUACACUUUUGAGGAUGUUGUCCUCCCUUUGCCUGGUUCAGAAACAUUGCUUCCUGGGAAUGAUGUUGCUGAGAUUUAUCAUGAAAUAGCCAAGAAGGAUGGUAUUAGCCUGAUAGAGAGCGUCCAUGGGAUCAAGGACUUCUCGAUUACAGGAAUGAAAGGAGGUUACCGUCGAGUACUCCAACGACCUAUUGCUUUUGAAUGGUACACACACAAUACAAGUAGUGUUUUCCUGUUUUGGUCAAUCAAAUUAUUUGGUUCUUGUCUUUUAUUGGACCUAAUGACUUACACAGAUGAAACUGUACCUUUAGUAGAAACCGAUUUAGCUGUUCUAUCCAAAACACAGCCAUCAGAAGCAAAUAAGCUGCCAUCUGAUGGGACUUCCAGUUGCCCAUCAUGUGAUUCUGGCUUGGAUGCUUCAUUGGACACCUCUAGGUCAACCACUGAUGGCACUGAAGCUAGCUCAGAGAAAACAAAAUCUAUUGGCAUCUCAGAUCUGUUGCCCAAGAAACUGGCUGUAAAAUUAGAAUUUACUCUACCAGCUUCAUCCUAUGCCACAAUGGCCAUCAGGGAGUUGACGAAGACUUCAACUUCGGUUGCUUACCAGAAAACAUUGAACUGCUGAGCCCUUUCGGUAAAAUGCAUUAUUCACAAAAGCUGAUCUCCAUUGGGACAAGACAUCAUGCAGGUUUAGCAGUAAGACAUUUCUAUUAAAAAAUCACAUGCUUGAGCGUACAGCUUGGAGGAUCUCUCUACUGGAAACGACUGUUCUCGUUUAAAUCUGACAUCCAAGUUGAACUAUUUUCUGAAAGAAGUCGGCGCCGUUGAAGGACAAGCACCGUGGGAGUGUUGUCAUGUGUGUGGUUUCACGCCUGGAGUACACGAGGCGGCCGAUUCUCUUACCGUCAGCCGCGGCAACUGUCUCGACUGAUGAACAAAAAGAACACUGUGCAAAGGGGCCCGGAGUUUGAAUUGAUGCUCCGUGUCUCCCACAGCCUCGGCGUCUCUCUGAACGUCAGUCGUUGUUCCGGAAAGAUUAUUCUGCAGCCGCCGCGCCCGUGCAGGCAUGCACCGUGCAUGGGUUGUUUUUUUUUUGAAUGGAAACCGUGCAUGGGUUGGUUGACCACCUGUUUGGCAAUCAACAAUCAUCCCUGUUACCUGUACCCCCAUUGAAUCUUUAUGUAUUACUGAAAAUCUUCUAUGAUACAGUAUAAUCCGUUCUUUGACGAACAUCCAA